AUGCAAGCUCUAAAUAAGAACACAACAAACUUUUCAAACUAUUCUAAGAUAUCUGAGUCAUUGAAAGAAGGAAACUUAAAACUGACAAUAAACCCAAUGACAGAUGAGUUUCUGUUUCAAGACAAUAAGAACCAUACUGUCUGUAUAAAUCCAACAAAAGGAACUUUAAACGAGAAACCUAUAAAUGAACUUCUUUUGAAAGCAGAUGUUGACAACAAAGCUGACAAAGAAUAUGUAGACGAUGCAAUAGCAAAAGAAGAAGAAAGAGCUAACAAUGCUUAUGCAACAAAAGAACAUACUCAUCCUGAACUAGCAGACAAAACAUAUGUUGACAAUAAAAUGUCAAGUGAAGUGACAAGAGCUGAAAACGAAUAUUCUAAAAAGACUCAUACACAUUCUAUAUCUGAUAUUACAAACUUACAAGAAACCUUAAACAGUAAAAGUGACGUUGGACAUACACAUACCAUUGCAAAUAUUACAAACUUACAAGAAACCUUAAACAGGAAAAGUGCCGUUGGACAUACACAUACCAUUGCAAAUAUUACAAACUUACAAGAAACCUUAAACAGGAAAAGUGACGUUGGACAUACACAUACCAUUGCAAAUAUUACAAACUUACAAGAAACCUUAAACAGGAAAAGUGACAUUGGACAUACACAUACAUCUUCUGAAAUAACAGACUUAAACGUUAGCCUUGAAAAUAAAGCAGAUAAAACAUAUGUCAAUUAA